AGCAACAGCAGCAAAUACUGUGAGUACUGUAACUUUAAAUUGCUAUCCCAUCUGUGAUUCUAAGAAGGAAAAACGAGAGACUGGGAUCUUCCGGGAACUUUCUGGAGGAGUGAGAUUAGCCACGAAUGACUGCUGUCGCAUUGUGCUUUCUGCCUGGUGUGUUUUCAGCUUCAGUGAGAUAAUGGCUUUCCAGUCUGAGGAGGACCUGUCCUGUACUGUCUGCUUGGAUAUUUUUAAAGAUCCUGUUGUCCUCCCCUGUAGCCACAGCUUCUGUAAAAGCUGUUUGCAGACAUGGUGGGGUGAUAAAACAGUACAUGAGUGCCCUCUUUGUAAAAGGAAAUCAUCGAGGAGUGACCCACCUCGAAACCUGGCAUUAGCAAAGGCGUGUAAGGCAUUCGAAAUGGAGAGAGAUCAGAGGGUUUCUGUGGAGUCAGAGGCUCUCUGUUGCCUGCACUCAGAAAAAUUCAAACUCUUUUGUCUGGACCAUCAGCUGCCGGUGUGUCUUAUCUGCAGAGACUCAAAAAUGCAUACCAACCACAGGUUUAGACCCAUCCAAGAAUUUGCACAGGAGCAAAAAAAGGGGCUCCAGAAAUCCUUGAAGCCUUUACAUGAGAAACUGAAAGUAUUUGAACAAAUUAAAGAAAAGUGUGAUAAAACAGCAGAGCACAUUAAGGUCCAGGCUCGCCACACAGAGAGACAGAUUAAAGAGCAUUUUAAGAGGAUGCACCAGUUUCUACAAGAGGAAGAGGAGGCCAGGAUCACUGCACUGAGGGAGGAAGAGGAGCAGAAGUUUAAGACAAUACAGGAGAAGAUUGAAAGUCUGAUCAGAGAGAUAGCAGCUCUUUCAGAAACGAUUAGAGCCACGGAGGAGGAGCUGAAAGCCGAAGACGUCUCAUUCCUGCAGAACUACAACGAUGCAGUGAAGUUAGUCCAACAGCAGCCCCUACUGGAUGAUCCAGAGCUGGCCACAGGAGCUCUGAUAGAUGUGGCUAAACACCUGGGCAACCUGACCUUCAACAUCUGGAACAAAAUGAAGAAAAUGGUUUCCUACUUUCCUGUGAUUCUGGAUCCAAACACUGCCAACCCAGAAUUUAUCCUCUCUGAAGAUUUGACAAGUGUAAGUUACGGAGAGCGACAGAAGCUUCCCGAAAACCCAGAGAGGACUGACUAUCAUCGUUCUGUCCGCGGCUGGGAGGGCUUUAACUCAGGGACCCACAGCUGGGAUAUUGAAGUGGGAGACAACACAGCCUGGUUUGUUGGAGUGGCAGCCGAAUCCAUCCAGAAAAGGGAGCGGGUAAAAUCAGGAUUCUGGCAAAUCGAGUUCUACAAUGGUAAAUACAGCACACGCAUACUGGGAGCCCCACCGUCUGCUCUCCGAGUAAAAAAGAAGCUGCAGAGGAUCAGAGUUCAUCUGGACUGGAACAGAGGAAAGCUGUCAUUCUUUGAUCCUGAUACUGGCUCACACUUACAGAGUUUCACACACUCUUGCACUGACAAGCUGUUUCCAUGCAUAGGUACUUUAAACGACAUGCCACUGAAGAUAUUACCAGACAAAAUUUCUGUGACAAGAGAUUAUCUUAGUUAAAGUUUGGUGUGUUUGAUAAGCAGAUGCAUUGUCCUGUGCGUGGACUGACACCAAGGUAAUGUGUCAAAGUAUCACACACAUGACCCAGAACUUCAGCAGAAAACUGCAAUGAAAUGAGAAGGUUAAUGGUAUUCUCACCACCGAUAAGUGGUUUUAAUGUUACUAAUGUUUGCAUGCUGUAAAAUCUGUAGACUUGACCCCCCAGAAAUCUAGAAGUGGGAAAUUCUGCCUGAGUUUCAAUCAUGU